AUGACCGACAAGAGAGAAAUCCCGUAUAGAUCUGGCUCACGCUUUCUGAGUCUUUUGGAGCAUUCUGGAGCAUAUGGGACACAAGGAGCAUGGAGGGACUUGGCACAUGGAAGCAGCUCAACUGGAUACGCAAAGGAAGAAGGGAGAAGCCAUCUUGAAGACCAGCUCGACCGUCCACUCGACCAACCGGUCGAGUUCCUCAACUCGACCGGCCAAGCUUCAACUCGAUCGAGCUGGAAGUCAAAGUCAAACCCGAAAAAUGUUGCUUCCCCCUUGACUUUCCUUUGA